GUUUACGGUAUAAGUGGUGUGUGUGUGUGUGUGUGUUUGGGUAUGUGUGUGUGUGUCAGAUUGAAGUGCAACUAAGCGUGUAGCUGGUUCCAGGGCUUUAGCACAGCUUCCAAAGGACCCAGCUCUGCGUCACAUGACAAGUCCCAUGAUGCAUAGCAUCCUGUAACCCUGCCUGUAGCACAAGACUUUCCCUGUCGGCCUCGACCAACGCACAUGCACAUGCACAGACGCGUCAGAGCGCUCCCCCUAAAGAAACCUCCAUGAGAGAAGCAGAACACACAGAGCCAGCUUGCCAGAAUAAACACUCUUAACGGUCUCAAACGCAAAAUCCUCUCCUUCCUCUUGUCACUACAAAACAGCGUUUACCUGUAAGAUAUUGUGAAAUGGCCCAAUGAAAUGGAAAUUCAAUAUUGACAUCUUGAUAAUUUGUGUUAAAUGUUUUGGCCUAAGUAUGACAGAUUGAGCUGAUUGUCGCUGCAUAAUCUUUCCACAAUUACCAUCUGCCACUCUGCUGCGCACUUGCACGUUAUUAAGUAGCAAGUCUGUGUGUCUGUGCUGAGGUGUACUUGUUUGCACAAGCUUGCGUGUCUAUGUGACAAUAGAUCUUAAAAAAAAAAUAACCAUAAAGGAAGCUGUAUUUAUUUCAUGCAUUUUUUGGGGUCUUCGUGAAAAGAACAGGGCCAACAAAGAAAAAUAUCCUGUCCUGUGUGUGUUUGUGUGUGUGUGUGUGUGUGUGUGUGUGCGCAUCCGCAGACAUGCGUGUGUGUGUGACUAUUUCUCCCCUGGUGGUUGCAGGGAAGCAGGUGAUCCACCCAGGCCAGGUGGGGGUGGUCCAGGAAGAGUUCUCCCCCAGCAAGGAGAGGGUGCAGUGGGCCUCAGAACUCAUCGCUGCCUUCCAGGAACAUCAGCAGCAGGGAAAGGGGGCGUUCACUUUCCGAGGCAGUAUGAUAGACAUGCCAUCACUGAAGCAGGCACAGAACAUUGUCACUUUGGCGGAUGCUUUCCCCAAGUAAUGACCAUCGGGCGCAACGGUGACGGGAGGAGAAGGGGCGGGCGAGGAUCCACAAAGAGGAGGAAAGAGAAGGGAGAGAUGAGAGCUGAGACUCAGUGGUGAGACCCAAGCCAUCUCCCGACACCCGGCCAUCUGAUAGACACUGCUCACCAACGGAUCCCACGAGAUCAUUGAACUUUACCCACAAUGCCCCUCAGACGCCGCAACAAGGUCGUCAUCAGUGUUCAUUUUGUUCAUUUCUUUUGUUGAGUGAAUGUUGAUGGAAUGGAUUGGAGUGCUGUUAUUUGCCCACUAAUAAAGCUUGUGAUAUUUGACGCUCA